CAUUCGGGAAGUAGGCUAUUGCGCUACAAUAAAAAGGAGACCCUAAAGAAUCCGAAAAUGCAACCUCCUCCCAGAAAGGUGAAGGAGACCCAGCAGGUGAAGAUGGCCUUUGCGGAGCAAGUUGGGCGGCUGCAGAGCAAACAGCAGCAGGAGGUAGAACUCCUGGAGGACAUCAGGUCCUUCAGUAAACAGCGUGCUGCCAUAGAACAAGAGUACAGUCAGGCCCUCCAGAGGCUGGCCAUACAGUUCCAGAGGAAAGACUGGCAAAGAGGCAAGGGAGACUCUUUGCACUCUGGGAGUGUGUUUGCUGUGUGGAGGUCUCUGAUUGAGGCCACGGCACAGAGUGGAGUGUGUCGUCUCACGGCGGCCGACGGAUAUCGUUCACUCACUGCCGACGCUCUGAAGAGCCUGAGGGCAGCCAAGGAGCUGAAGGCCAAGAGGGGUCUAGAGCAGCUGCAGAGGGUACAGGGUGAGGUAGUGGAUGCACUACGAGAGCUCCACAAGGUCAAGAAGAGAUACUACCAGCUGAGUCACAUGGCUAACGUGGCCAGGGAGAAAGCUGCUGACGCACAGGCCAAAUUCAAGAAGAGUGACCAUGGAAUUUUCCAUUUUAGGACAGGCUUGCAGAAAAUGAGUUCAAAGCUGAAUACCAGGCUGAGGGAGUGUGACCAGAGACUGACAGAGGUGCGUAAUGAGUACCUUCUGACACUGUCUGCCAUCAACUCUCAUCACCAGUACUACUACACUGCAGAGCUGCCUGCCAUCAUGAGGAGACUGGACAGUGACCUGUAUGAGCAAAUCCGAGAACACUUCACUCUCUUGUGCUGCACAGAGAUCGACACCUGCCGGUCAACGCAUAGUAACUUUAGCCAGAUCUGCGAGAACUCCACCAAGGUGUCUAGAGAACGAAACAUCCAGAUCUUCCUCCAGGAGUUCCCGGUCUUCACCAGAACAGCCGGCUUUCACUUCCAGGUUGCCCCUCAAGACAAGGUGUGCAUUCUGAAGCAACAUAGCUCCAGUGCUGAGGGGGAGAGCUGUUUGGACAAGGAGGCCCGCAAGUGGUCUGCUAAGGCUGCCAAAGACUACAAGAUCAUCUCACACGGAGAUAGGGCACUGCAGAUGCUGGACAGGCGUUUCAAACUGCUGUCAGGAGACACAGGAGUCAGCGUGGAACAGAAGAUGGUGGAGGUGAAGGAGAGUGUGAGGAAAGCACAGGUGAGCCGGGUGAAGGCGGAGUCCAGGCUGGCGCUGCUGGCGUCGGCGGGGGUGGACGUGGAGCCAUGGAUGAGCAGUGCUAUGACCCAGGCAGACGAGGAGCUGGAGAAGGACAGGAGGCUGAGCGAGGCACGCAUGUCCAACGGAGAUAUCUCCGAGGACGAGUUUGAGUUCACAGACUUCGACGACUACGAUGAAGAUGGUGACACUUUCAUCGAUUCAACUUCCUGCUCGGUGCCGUGUGGAUACCCCUUGGCUUGCAUGGUUCUCUACAGCUAUCAGGCCUGCCAAGGAGACGAGCUGUCAAUCACAGAGGGAGAAGAGCUUCAGGUGAUAGAGGAUGGAGACAUGGAGGACUGGCUGAAGGCACGUAAUGCAGCAGGCCAGGUUGGCUACGUCCCUGAGAGGUACCUGCAGUUCCUGUGGUCACCAGGAGAGGGCUCCUCUGUCUGCCUGGCGCAGGGCUUCCCUUGUCCCCAGCUGGACUGGUCCUUCAACAGUUCCGGCUCCUCAUCAGAACAUUCCAAGAGGCAGCAGGGCCGCUCCCCUCACUCUGGGGGUCUGGCACGGGCUCUGUAUGAGUACCAGGGCCAGGGUCCAGAGGAGCUGUCCUUCCCAGAAGGGGCGGUCAUUAGGCUGCUGCGCUGCCGCCAGGGGGAGGUGGACGACGGCUUCUGGGAGGGAGAGCUGGACGGACGCGUGGGGGUCUUUCCUUCUCUGGUGGUGGAGCUGCUGGGAGACGGGGAGGAAGAGGAAGAGGAGAGCCUUCCCACCCCUACUCUUCCUCCAUUCUCUCCACCCAUCCCUAUUUCUGGAACCCCCUGCAGUCUCCUCUGCUUCUCAUCUGGCCCUGGGUCCUGGUCUGUAAACAGUACGCCCCCUAAGGACCCGGAGGACAGGUUGCAGGCUUCUUUCUCACUGAAAACACAGAGCCUGUCAGACAGCAGGGCAGACAAGGGCUCCCCCUCUUCCCCCGACUCAGAGACACUCCCCCAUGCCCUGAGGAAGCAUGUGUGGGGGAGUGUUCAGAAGAGACAGAGUGGACACCACAGGAGAGUCUUGUGCCUUCACCGAAAGGAUGAAACACACCAUCACAGGGACUUGUACAGUUUGUAGCUACCAGGUGAGCUUGGUCUCUUCCUGACGGGCUACACUAUUUUUGAAAGUCAGUAUUCUUGUAUUGUUUACGUGAUAAUAUGUCAAAAAACAUGGAUUCAUCUGUCUCUGAGCUUCAGGGACAUCCUUCACCAGUUUUCAGAAGUAUUAAACUAUCUUGUAGGAAGUGAUGUUUAUAAUUUGCGUAUGAUAAGAUACAGGGUUAUUUGAGAUCCUGUAGAAAUAAAUGUUCAGUAUUGCAGUUCAAAUAAGCUUGUGCCUGAUGUUUUUUUUAGCUUGUAUGAUAAUGUACUGUAUUAAUUAUACAGUAGUAAACCAUAUAUAAUGUACUGUAUUAAUUAUACAGUAGAAAACCACAUAAUGCACUGUAUUAAUUUUACAGUAGUAAACCAUAUUCUACAUGUCAUGUUCUAUUUCCAUGAGAACCAGAAUCAAACAUGGACACUGAGAUGAAUACAAACAAUCUUCCUGGUGUGUUUGUGCUUGUUAAUAUCUUACCUCCGAAUUACAGGAUGGUUGAAGUAUCAGAACGAAAUGCUCUAACAGUACCACAUUGGGUUAAGUCCACCGCAACAAUUAGUCAUACGAACAACAAAGGUCAAAUGCAUAGCUUUAAUAUAUACUUAGUUUGAUUCCUUAAGAAUUGUUCAUUGUACAGCUGCACUUUCACAUUUGAGACUACUCAAAUCAUCAGGUUGUUGAUUAAUAGUAUGCAUAUAAUAUAUAUGUUUUCCUCAUGAGUUAUUUCCAGCGUCGGUCAAUGAAGACACAUGCAAUAUAUGAUUCUAAGGCCAUUACAAACACAUUUAAAUAUAGUUUACACUCAAGACUAAGGAGUUAGAUCAUUACUGUGAACUGAUAAUGCAUGUAGCAGCCAUGACCAGCAGAGGAGACCACAUCCUGGUAACACAUACAGGAAACGAUUCCUGUAUGUAACGAUUCCUUCGAUUCCUGUAUGUGACGAUUCCUUCGAUUCCUGUAUGUGACGAUUCCUUCGAUUCCUGUAUGUGACGAUUCCUUCGAUUCCUGUAUGUGACGAUUCCUUCGAUUCCUGUAUGUGACGAUUCCUUCGAUUCCUGUAUGUGACGAUUCCUUCGAUUCCUGUAUGUAACGAUUCCUUCGAUUCCACAAAAAGAAUACUUUGGUGUGCUUUUGUUUGCCAGUUCAUUUGAAAACAUGAAAUCUUCAUCAAAAUGAGUCAUAUUCUUUGCUUAGCAGAGCUAUAACCAGAUAUAGUACCAUUCACAUAUGGAGUUACAGUACUGUUCGCUGGUGAAACAUUUAUGACUGUGACAUACAGUCAGAUAUAUUCAGUAGUAAGCUUUUGAUUUCUUGACCAUUUCACAUCUAUGAUGCAUAUUAAAGUAAACAUGUCUAAUGCAUAUAAACGCCAUUAUGUUAG